UCGGAGCAGCGGCCCCAUGUUUCUAGACGCGAUCUUCUUUAUACCCACACUGUUCACCUACCUGCUCAUCGGGCUGCUCAUUGUGAUCCUGUGCUUCGUCGUGAUUUACAUAAGCCACAAGAUCUACGUCUCCGUGUACGACAACCUGCCGCUGGCCUCCUAUCCCGGAAGUUCCCACCAACAGCUCCUGGGAUUGCGUCACUCCAACCAUGCGAUGACCAUGCGGGAGUACCUGGACAACUCGCUGCGGAAUCCGCGCUCCAAUCAGCCGAGCCUGCGCUCCGUUUACAUUCAGAAUCGGUCGCAGAUCCUGGAUUCCUCCUCGGUUCUAAGGAUUGUGCUCGCCCUGGAGCCCUGCUACCUGGUCAGUGCGGAGUUCGAUGCGAGUCCCAGCCGGAGGACCAUCAGUUUCAUGUGCAACUGCCCCGAUGACCCCGUGUGUGCUGCCGCAGAACCGCGGCCCUCGGGCUCCCUGCACAUCGUUCGGUAUUUCGAUCACCUCUCCAAGAUCCCCCGGCUGAGAGUCAUGAUGAAGUGCAAUCAAAGAAGGCCGGAAGCAAAAGCGGAUAGCAGGACGCAGUUGACGCUGAGCGAUGUGAUCCUGGAGACCAGGGAAGCGCAGGAUGCACGGUGCACGGAUAAUGCCGCCGCCUGUCGACCUGUUAGCUUGCGGCGAAACUCCCGAUAGCCGGGUUAAAAAGGGUGGGGCAUUCAAAUGGGAGGUUAAAGGCCAUUCAUUACCGGCUGCUGUAAUGCGGUAUAACUCGUUUUAUUAAAUUGUAUACAAAGAUCAA